UAAUAAAAUAAAUGCUACUUUACAAACAAUUUAAUAAAAAAACCUCAUUCAAACAAGCAUUUUAUGUGUACUCUCAAAAUAUGAUUUUCUUUUCAUUGGCCCAGAAAAGAAGAGAAGGAAAAAUAAUUAUUGAGUAGAGGAGACUGGCUGACUGCUGCGUAGGAAGUGCAUGGAAAAACUUCUCGGUACAACAAAAACGAAGAGUUCAUAAAAACAGACUACAUAAAAGUGUUUAUUUAGUGUGUGGUGUGGUGGAGUUGGUGCUCUUUCACAAUUCCUGGGUGAAAGAAACAAAAAAUAGAAAAUGAAUUGAAUUGGAAGCAUUUUAAGCAGAAUAUAAACAACUUUUAAUGUCUGCUGAAUGGAAAUGUGCAUGGAUAAACAUUAAAACAAAUCUACAAAGAAUUCUUUUUAAAGAAAAACAACAAAACAAAAAGUGUCCCUUAUAUUUUCGUGUUCUCUCUCUAUCUCUCUUGCUCUGUGAAUUCAGUGUGUGAGAACGUGUGUUGGUUCUCUUUCCGUGUUUGCUGGCGCACUCGGUUGCCGGAGAGAGCGCGUUUGUGUAUAUGUAUCAGGUAAAUCAUCAACACAAAACAACCGGGGACUUUGAAAAAUUCUCCAACAUGUCGAAUUCAUUUCGUUAUCUAACCUCAACGGAUACAGACCAGCAGCAGCAGCAAGAAGAACAUACACACCGAAAUCAACAGCAACAGCCGCCGCAAACAUGUAUUUCCAGUGUUGGUGGCACAGAAGACACAAAAUCCAAUGCGGAUACCAACAAAAGCCUCCAUAAUGUUCCUGAUGCCAUCAAUAGUGACCAACACGACAACACAAGCAAUAAUCAACAUCAUGCAGCGAUGGAAGAUGAGUCAGGCACAAUGGCGACGACGGAAAAUUCAGACACAUUUAAUCAAAAUGAAAACUCACUAACUGGGGCCUUGGAGCGGGAUGGCAUGGUUACCGGCAAUCAUCAGCAAAUGAGUCCGGGCCUAAGUUUAUUACAAGCGGCGGCUGCAUCAUCGCCACCUCCUCACAGUUACCGGCAUUCGCGUGCCUACAGACAUUUUAAGAAUCCCCCACAGCCCCAUAUGUGUAUACGUACCACAACCGAGGCCGGUGAGGAGUUAUUCAUCAAUGUGCUGAGUUGGACGCGUAUUGUUAUACCUCAGGAACCCAGUGAUCCCAUACCAUUGUAUGGCGGCAUGAGGGUACCACCUGGCAGUCCCCGUAGUCCUCCCAUUGUAUUUGCUGUUAUGGCCAAUCCAGAAGUAUUAAAAGAUUCCGGCCGCCAUAGCAAAGACCCCGAAGAAAGACGUGCCAUGGUUGAGUUAAUGUGUGAUUUUGUUGAGGCCAUGAAUCCUGGUGUUAAAUUAGUAAGAAAUGCUGUUAUACUUAAAGAUCGUGAUAUAUCCGGUGAACUGAAAGAUGUCUGGAAUGCGGUACAGGCUCAAAGAGAUCGCGAGCGAGAAGAACAAAUGAUGCAACAGCGACAACAACAACAGCAACAACAUUAUCAUAAUUUAACAACAAAUGGUGGAGCUGCACCACCCGGCUCCUUGAGUCCAGGACUAAGCAAUAACUCAGCAAUGCUUCAGCAACAACAACAGCAGCAGCAAAUAUUCCCCAAGGGUGGAGGUUUGGUUGGUAAUUUUAUGGGUGAAGGUACUCCACCUAGAAGUAGAAAAUUAUUAAUGCAACAGGAACUGCACAAAAACGAAGAAAAUGGUGGUGACAUUGAAGUAACGAAACCCAUUAACCUGGCCCAACUGGCCGAACAUUUGGACAAUAAGGCUGCAGCAGCCGUAUCAUCGCUGGGAGCUGACGAAAUACACUCACCCACUGAAAAGCCACACGAUGAGAAUCAUCCAAAUGAUAUCAUCACAAGCAAUGGUAAUAAUACAAAGGACUCGACUGAUUCAAAUCGUGGCGUUGUGGGCAUAACACAGAGGAAUGAGUUGAACAAUCAGCUGAAUGCAAAUAAUUUAGAUGCUAAAACUCAGAUAAUAAGUAAUGGGGGCACAAUCAGCAAUGGUGCUAUAGCAACGAAUGCAAAUAAUACCGAAUCCAAUGCCGCAAACUCGGCUGAAACUGUUAACUGUACUUUGGCCACAAAUAAUACGGCGAAGAAUAGUCAUAAUAACUCAACCCCUCCACCUGCUCCUGCCUCCACUAAUAACAUAGCCAACAACCCUGCCGCCCAGCCAACUACAGCCGUAACACAACCGGCUGCUGCUGUAAAUCCUCCACCAACCACCAAAAAGGAGAAACUUGGUGGUUUCUUGCCAAACGGUUGUAUAUUUCCACGCUUUACAAAGAACAACAAACACAAGGAUAAGGAUAAAGAAGGCAAGACAAAGGACAAAGAAAAGAAUGUUCUUUUAAGUGCUUUGAAAAAGUCCAAGGACAAAAAAUCACAGGCGGCCGCCGCCGCCGCUGCUGCAGCCGCAGCUGCCGCUGCAAAUCAUCAAGAUGAAAAACAACAAAAAGAACUGAUUAAUACCUCAACAACAACCACAACAUCACCAAUAUCAAUAACCACUGCCAAUACCACAAUAGCCACAAUGUCACCAACAUCUGGGGCGACAUUACCGCCAGCCGAUUCAACCAAUAAUCACCUCAACAAAAAGAAUUGUCUACAACAGCUGGAAUGUGAGGUACAAAAAUUGGAUUUGAAUCACAUUGAUGGCAAUACAUCCUCCUCAUCAUCCUCCACUGCAAACAUGACAGCUACAUCCACCUCCAACAACAGUCAUACCGGAGUUGGUGUUCAUUAGGGAUCAUCAUCCAAUCAUUACGCGAUUGUAUAAGAAUGUCAAUCUCCCCCCAUGUUAGAUGUGUGGAGCGUCGUACAAAACAAACAAAAAACACACUGGCAGCUAAGAUGUGUAGCUAUUUAAAUUGCACAUAUGCACACUUCUCUUCCUAACAACCUAUCUUCAAACGUGGCCGUGUACUUUAGUAGGUAUGAUAUACAUAUAUGUUUGUAAAAAAAAAUUAUCCCUCCCCCAUCUUGUAAAAUUGUAUUAUACAUUUUUGUUUCUAAUUUUUAAGGUAAAGCAAAACAAACAAACAAACGUUAAUUUUUUAGGAAGGUGGUGUGAUCGAUUGCAUUGAAAGUAAACAGUCGAGUAGAUAUAAAACGCAUGUUUUCGUUUAACACGUCUUUCCAUAUUGCCCAUGGGAAAUUUUUAGUUUUUUUUUUUUUUCGAAAGUUUCCAAUCAUUUGAAACCAUGAUUAAACUAUCUUUUCUGAUGAGAUAAUUCCGAAAUGUCAUACUCGUUUCGUUUUAAGUCAAUAAGUUUCGCCUGAGAGUCGAAAUCUAUGCGUCACAUUAUUUUUUCAGAUUUUGCAGGAAAUUCCUGGCAAAUUUCGAACAAUCUAUGCGUCACAUUAAGAUUUGAGAUUUUGCAGGAAAUUCCUGACAAAUUUCGAAUCAAAGCUUCUAUGGGGAAGCUAUAAUAUUUGCCUUAACCCUGCCCUCAUUUUUUAUUGCAAUUUUUUGUGCAACUCAAUGAUGUUUAAUUUCAAUGAAAAAUCACACGAACACACCUACUCUAAUAAUAAUGUAAGUUCUAUUCAAUAUGUGUUGUAUUAUUAAUAAUAUUUUAAUAUUUUUAUUUGACAAAAUGUACAUCUAAAGAUGUAUAAAAUUAUCGAAUAUAUACUUUGUUGUCUUUUUUUAAUGCCUAUUUAUCGCCCAUCACCACCUGGAACAACAAUUCACAAACACACAAAACUAUAGCAAAAAGUCAAUUCUUUUCAUAGAACGAACAUUGCGUAUAAAAAAGAAAAAAACAAUAACAAAGAGCAUUUUUAAACAAGACUUGGAAUAUACAAUAAAAUAUAACAUUUUUUGAUAUACAAUCUAUAAGGAAUGGUAGCAAAAAACCAAUAACAAAAUAAUAGCAAUUUUUACAAACAACACACAAAAAUCACUGUAGCAUAAUUGAAUGAUCAUCAAAACUUAUGAUCUUAUGGAGGAUAACGACACAAUCAAGGGACAUGGUUGGCCUAUUUCAAUAUUUUUUUAACAUGUAUAGAGCCGAACUGAUAACUCUCCCCCAAUAAUCACUCCACCCAAAGAAAAUUUGUUCGAUUAUAAUAUAGACAUCUCAUCACGUUUCAAAAUACAAAAAAAAAAUCAUAUAUAUCUUUAUAGAUGUAUAUUAAAUAAAAAAAUUCCAACACUUGUCUCUCGAAUCACAUUCUUUACACUUCAAUCCCAGCUCUAUCCGUAUUUAGAACAGUAUUAAAAAAAAAAAAAAAAAAAAAAAAACAAAACUAUCACAAACAAAAUGUGCCAUUAUAUGAAGUAACAAAGAAAAAACAAACAAACACACACAAAAAGAAAAUAAUUAACAAACAAAAAGCAAUAUAAAAUAGAGUUUGAAAUUUUCCGAAUUCAUUGCUUGUUUUACAGUGCAAGUUCAAUUUACAAAAAAAAGUCCAUAUUACAACAGAAUUCUUUCCAAACAAUAUAUUCCUUAGGGCAAAAUUUUACUUUCCGUGUUUUAAAAAUUGUGAAAUUUUGAUUCGAAAUAUCAUUAUUGUUUAAAGUUGAUUUAAGAAAGCUCAUACUGGGGCCAAAUCUUUGCAUUCGAUAUCGCACUUAAUUUUAAAAUGUGAAUUUUAAUUUGAUAAAUUUGAAAUUUUCGGUCAAAACUAAUAGUUAACCAAUAUUAGAGCUUCUAUUAAAAUUUUCUUUUUCAUCUAUUUAAUCUUUAUUUCGAUCAAAUUAAAGUCCAUAUCGAAUGCGAAAACUUAACCUCCGUGUAAGGGUUUUUGCCAUUCAAUAUUAAUUUAUUGUUUUUUAAACUAUAUAUUUAAGUCUUUAAAUCUCAUCCUACAUGCCAUUAAUACGAUUAAAAAGCAUUUCCAUUUUAUUUAUUCGAAUAUUUUAAUAUGAAUUAUUUGCAAUUAAAUGUGGUUUCCAUUUCAAAUAGUAAAGUUGGACUCACAUUUCUUGUAUUUUAAAUAUUGCCAAGUACUUUUUCUUCCAAAACAAACACCAUGUCACAAUGAAUUGCAAAUCUUUUUGCUAUUUAAUGCUUUGUUCCAGUACCUGCAAGAAUCUACUAAUUAUGAUAUUUUUCGAUACCAUUAAGGGAAAAUUGGUUAUCGUAGUAAAAUUUUUUAUAUUCUUGGAGAACUGGAACAGAGGCCAUAAAAUCGUCAUAUCUCAUUUACAAUUUUUGCUAAUGCCAAAUUUAUAUUUUUUACUAAUUUCUAAAACAAUAAUCCAUUGCUCAUCGCAAAGAGGAAUGAGGUACCUAUUUUACAAAGGUGCUAUCGUGUUUCUAAUAAACAACAUUUUGACGGUUUCUUAUUUGGAAUCGUAAUGUUAAUUAAAAAUAACGGGUGAAACAUACAUCAUUUAUUGUUGUUGCCUGUUUACAUGUGUAUCUCACCAUUAUUUAUUCUUCAAGUCCUAUUUAAAUAAUCUGAAAAUAUAUAUGUUAAAAAAUUAGUAAAUUCUUAAGACCCAUUUCACAUAGUGAGUGAAUUACGCAUAUGUCUCUAUAAAAAUGGGUGUGUUUCUUCUAUUAUCAACUACAAAGUCCACAUGAAAAAGAACUAUAUUGUAACCUAUCCCCAAGCAUUUUGGAAAUCAACCAAGAUAUGCUAGUCAUACGGGGCUCUACUUUACUAUAUAAAAUAAAAGGGCCAAGUUUGCGACUUUUCUAAAUUUUUCAAAAUUAAAAGUAAGCACGUUUUUGGGGAAUAUGAGUGGUUUUGCGAGUCCUCUAGCACACCUUUAAAUUGGGCUCAAAAAGUUUCACCUGACAGGCGAAGCUAAAACAAUUCAUUGCCAAACAUUGAGUCUGGGUCGUAGAAUACAUAUAUUUUUUCGUAAAAAAUUAUCCUUUCGGCUUCGAUCAAACUCAUCCAAUUUCAUUAUCCUUUGCAUGGGGCCUUUUAAUAUUUUUUAGUUUCUUAAAUAAUAUUUGUGGGCUACAAAUAGAAUAUUAUAGAUUAUCACACACAUACCCUCUUCAUGCAACUUCUCAAUUGAGUCAACAAAAUGCAUUUUAUGUUAGUAUACGUGAUAAAAUUAACAAUUUUCAACACUUAAGGAAUAUUGUAAUAUUAAUAAUGCAAAGAAAAUUGAAUUGGCUUGGUUUCCAGAUCACGUCCCCGGUUAUUGAAUCUCCUUACCCAUAUUAUUAUUUUUACGACAAUUCUGAUAGUGACUUUAAACUGAUAUCAUGCGAUUUCUCUCAGGACAACUGUGAAUUUUUGAAGUUUAAAUUUGUUUGAAUGGCCACUUCGUGUGAGAAAAAUGUAUAAUUAUUUGUUUUGAAUGCCAAUUCCGAGAGUACCGAAAAGUAAUCUGAAAAACCCAGCCAAUUUCAUUUUUAAUAUUGCAAUAUUAAUUAAAACGUGAGCAGAUCGACUCUUAUAAUUAAGAAAAAUACUAUUGCGGAACCUCAUUUUAAAGGGAACUUACCAUUUGACCACCGGCAAUCUGUUUCUCUUUUUAACCUAAGCAUCUUGAAGUUUAGGUUACCGAAUAAUCAGACCGACGCCUAGUCUCAUUACACAUUAUAAAUCAGAAAGACAACUGUCCCGAAACACAGAAUAGUUUAUCGCUUAAAUCCUAAUACAAAAUUUCUUAUUUGAGUACUAUUAACUAAGAGAAAUGUUUCAUGCAGUGUGUACAUUUUUAAUGACGAGUGUACAUUAAACAUUUACAGUCAACUGAAGCAUCAGGAGAAACGCAGAUCACUCUGAUCGAAUUUAAACAUAACAUAGUAAUAUUUGUUGUGAAGUUACGCGUAUCGUAGCAUUAAUUCGCUGUAAAAGUGUUUUGAAACCAAAUAACAAUGUCAACAAUUAAUGUUUAAUAUGUGUAAAAUUGAAACUCACCCCCCACCAAGCGAAUAAAUCUUGGACAUUCAAUUCGUUUGGUGGGAUUAUAAAACGCGUGAUCCUUUGUAUAAUUCAGACGCGUUUGAUGAUAGAUAAUUGCAAUCAAAAAUUAUUUAUGAUGUUCAUUGAACAUAAUACAGUCCCAUUAAUAACUUGUGUCUCAUAGUAUUAACAAUUAUAUGCUAUUCAAAAUUUAUCACAAAAUCGUAAAAUAUUGUCGCCUUUAUACAAAAUCUCUCUAUUUAUACAUGAUUGUAUUGAUUCAUUAUAAUACAAAAACGUGAAACUUUAGAUAUCGAAGUUUGCAACUUUUCCAUCUCUAGGGACUUUUGAAAUUAUAUAAUUUCAAUUUACAAUAUAAAAAAUUAAAAAAUAAAUAUGUAGAGCAUUGAAAAACCUACUUUCGAUGCAAAUUUUUAUGAAAAUUAAGGCUCUUGAUUGCCAGUUGUCAUUUUUCAGCAUCGACUGAGUAUGGGGCAGAUGGCAAUGCGAAGUAUCGUUUCAGGUGCAAUAAUAUCAAGUUUGAUAUCCAUCCAUUUAUAUAAUAUAUAUUAGAUUGAGAAGAAAAAUCUAUUACAAAUUUGUUCAACAACGGCAACCGUCACAACGGUGUAUGGUUUCUAAAUAGAAAUGUACUGUAAACUAUUUUUAAAAUUUUCGUUAUAAAUAACAACGCUGUUGCUUUUAGGUAUAUCCUUUCGCUUAUAUAGAAUUUCUUUAUUGAGAUCAAAAAUUGAUUCGUUUGUAAACGUCUAUUCUAAUUACUGAUCAAGUACAAAAGUGUCGUGAUUUUUUUUUUAUCGCAUUCAACAUUAUCAAUAGGUUGAGUUUCGUCUAUAAUAAGUGUAUUCCUCUUUAUAUAGAUUACAGAAAUUAAAUCUUUUAAUACCCUACACCACAUAGUGGCAAGGGUAUUAUGUCCUUGUGCCAUAGUUCGUUUUAAUGAUCUGCAUUGAAUCACAUUCCUAGUCGAUUUAUGUAUGUCCGUCCGUCCGUCUGUCCAUGUAUUUUAAUGAUCUGCAUUGAAUCACAUUCCGAGUCGACUUAUGUAUGUCCGUCCGUCCGUCUGUCCAUGUAUUUUUGUAAACAAAGUACAGGUCGCAUUUAUUACCCGAUUCAGAUUAAAUGUAGCACAAAUCAUUUGUUUCGCUUAAGGACGAAUCCAAUUGAAAUUGGAGAUAAUCGGUCAAAAUUUAGAGAUAGCUCCUAUAUAUAUCUACGUCCGAUUUGUUUUAUUGUUAAUUGUGCAUAGCUUGUAUGAUUUAAUCCUACCAUAAAAAAAUUAAUUGUUAUGUGAAGCUCUACUAAAUAUGCAAGACUUUCUUUACUGUUAUUUUCUUUGAGUUGUAGAUCUGAACUGAUUUUUCUUCGCAGAAUACAAAAGCAUACAAAUUAAUAAUAAUUAUUAUUAGAUUGUAUUUUUUCGUUGUAAUCCAUAACGUAACACUCCGGAUAUCGGAGCUUGCAAAUUAUUCAUCUCAAGGAAUUUAAGAAAUGUUAUAAAUUAAUAAUAUUUCAUUUUUUACAAUGUACUGCAGCAGGCGGUAUCCAUUUAGCAAAUUAAACCUAGUAGGUAAAAACGGUGUAGAACAACGAAAUAUAAAUAAAAUUCAGAAAUGUUCUCUAAACUAUUUUUAAAAUGUUCAUUAAAAAUUUCCUUUAUAUAAAAUUUC